UGAGGACGUUGAUUGGUGGAGCGAACUGUGAACCCGAAAUUCCAUCCAAUCCUGGAGCAGCAUUGUGUGACCACGCCUCCGCCUCAGCGCGAGGUCUCGGACUGAACAGCAGCUUUCAGUUUCACUCUGAACCUCGAAAACAAAAACAACACCUACUGAACCGAGGCCCGUGUGAUCCGGAUAAAGCCAUUAUGGAGCCUCGGGACUGUGUUGCCAAUCAAGAUGUUGCAGUGGCCCUUUUACAGAAAAAGAUUCUUUCAGCCAAAAGCGCAGAGGAUAAAGCAAAAUAUGAGAAGGAAAUGGCAGAACUCAUGCAGUCAAGAGAAUUAGUCCGAGAUGUUAUGCACAAAAUUGUGGAGAAGAGCACGGACUCUCCUGAGGAAUAUGAGCAAGUUCUACAUGCAAAAAGCACUGCCUAUUCCACCAAGGAAUAUAAAGAAGUUCUUGAAUACUUCAGAGAACACUCUCUUGACUGGCAUAAUCCAAAGUAUCAAACAUUACUACAACACCUGCAUCUUUUUUCAAACCUGCUUGAGGCGAAAGUGCCAGUGGAACGUAUCAAGUCUUCAAUUGACAAAGUGAGCGCAGGUCUAACCGAUCAGUAGGAACUGGCCAAAUGACGAGUAAAUGAAGAUCACUGCAAGCAUAAAAUCUACUUCUGAUUAUGUACAAUGCUGAGUUCUGAUUAAUAGCAUCUGUCAAUUAAUCAAUGAAGCCUUGCUUUAAAAUAAACCAGUUUAUUCUCAACUUUCAAAUGAUUCCACAUAUUACUGAGAUAUACUGCACUACAGUGUUUCAUUUUACACUUUACAUUCUUUUUUCCUAGAUGUUUGUCAUUUGGCACCUCUUAAUUAGGCCAUGUAGUAGGCAGGGAUUUUAUGGAAAGGGUCUUCCUCUGUCUAUUGCAUAGCAAUACAUAGAUUUAUUUGGAAGUGUAACUGAUUCAUCACAAAAACACAAAUGCAAAAAAAAAUCAUUUUAUUUUAAUACUGAUGUUAAAUGGUUGAAAAUCCAACAAUAGAAAGAUACAGCAAAGUAUACAGACAUGUUUAGAAAGAAAUACUGAGCUUUCUUCAUUUUUUUUGUAUGCGAGAUAUACACUACUGGUCAAAUGUUCAGGUACACCAACCUUGUUGCUGAGUGCUUGGAUGAGCACUACUGAACUUAAAUUAACUGAGGAUGUCUUUCAAACUCAUUUUAAGCAUUUCAGCACAAAACUCAAUGAAUAAAUAAUGCGAAAUUAAAAGAUAAAAGCCUAUGAUUAAAAUUAUAGAAAACACAUUAAAUCAUGGAUUUUUAAACCUUUGACCAGUAGCACAGCUUCAGAUUUGUCAUUGAUUUAAAAUACAGUUGCUAUCGAUGAACUGUUGUUGCAAGCAGCAUGUCUAAAUAAGGGAUAGGGAGACUUACAUGAGCAAAUGUGUCCAAUGCUAGUCCCUUCCACAUAGUCAGCAUUCAGAUUUUGAUAUAAAAUACAUUUUUACAUCUAAAAUAAAAACAAAUACUGUAAUUCUUAGCCCUUAGCGUAGGAGGUUGACAGCAGGAAGGCAGCAGCAGGUUGGUCAUUUUGCCUUCAGUUAAGGAAAGACUGGGAUUUUGUUUUGUUUUUUUCCAACUCAUUAGCUUAGGUCAAAUGUAUGAACAUUGAUUAAUCAUGGAUUAUAAAACAUGCAUUAUGCUGAUUUAUUUUUCAAUAAAAAAUUGUUUUGUUUAAGAAUUUACUACAGUAUAUAUAGAUAUGAAUAUGCAUACUGAUUUGCAUUUUUGCACUGAAAUGUUUUGUGGGUUUGAGGGUUUUCUUUGGGAGUUGUGUAGUAAGUUUUGUUGUAUGGGGAUACAUGUAUGGGAAAUGUUACAUGUCUAUACUACAUAUUUCUAUUAAGUCUAUUUGUAAAUCUGUAAAUGUAUGUUUCUGCUUUCUCGUUGCCUUGAUUAGCACAAUGAAUUAAACAUCAAACACUGUA